AUGAAACGCCAAACACUCUCCUGUUAUCACGUGAGCCUUCUAUCAAGGAAUUUGUCCAAAGACAACCUCCAGCAUCAAGCAACCCCAGCCCCAACCUCUCUCCUUCCAACUUCCCAAAUCUCAUCAGGCCCCAAAACCGAGCACGCCUCCCCACGCGCGAACCAGGAAAUUAAACCCCUACUCCUCAACCCUCUUCUCCCCUUCUACCUCUCUCCCCUCAAAACCUUAGGCACCAGCUCCUGAAUCUCCAAUAGCGCAGAAAUGCCAUCCAGCCCAUCAGUUCCGAAUGUCCUGGCACCACCAAAGGCACACAUCCCAUCUCCUCAAGCCUCUUAUCGAUGAACCCUCCAACACCAGAUAGUCCGCAAUACUUGCCUCGCUGGGGAAGAAAUUCGGCACAAUACCCCGGCAAAUAAGGUCCCCCGUGAACAGCGUGUUCUCAACCUCAUCCCAUAAGGUUAUUGAAUCCGGUGUAUGUCCCGGGGUAUGAAUGACCACCAUCCCACUAUCAUUGGCUCCUCCAGUCUCGAGCGGAAACCCACACCAAUCCUCCAGCCAGAUCCCAACCUUGUGCUCCGGGUAGGGUAUGCCGACCGCGUCGUUCAGGCCAUUCCCCCUUCUGGCUUCGCAAGUAUGAAUUCUGGCGCCCGGCCGACGCCCCGAUGAGUGCGUCGGGGAACUAUACCGUGCCACCGAUAUUGUCGAAAUUGUGGGGAGUUAUCAUAAUCUCGUAGGGGAGGCACCCUCCCGGGUUGAUUAUACGAUCCUGGGUGCGGUUGUAAGGCCACAGCUGCGGAACGCACUCUAAGAACGUGCGGAGGGAGGGGAGGUAGUGUGAUGGUGGGGGGUCGUGGGGGGAUAGAGGCCGCCAAGGCCCGUGUCUAUGAUCAGGACUUUGUGGGAUAGCGCUUUACGAUUAUGUUGGGAAUCUUGCCGACAGCAUUUUGUUCGGUUAUUAUCAGGGCGGUGGAGUUUAACGGGUAGGUUUUGAAGGGUGUUAUGGCUUUUGGGGUGGUGACCUGUAGGCGCAUUUUUGGGGAGCUUUACUAGAGGGAAGGUCUUGGGGAUGGAGUAGGAGUUCGGUUUAAUACAGCCCUCGAAGGGAUUUAGGCCUUCGUUUUUCCUGCGCGACGGUGGGUUACGGGAGGAUCUCUGUCCCGUACCGUAUCCGGCGUCCCCGCUAUAGCCUGUUGGUACUUGGGCCUUAGUAGUAUCAAUAACUUUUUAUCCUAUUUAUUUUCAACGUAUUUCUCUAUCCCAAAAAAA